AUGUUCGACAACGCCAACCCUGGCCUCAGCAGAAAACGAGUGUUCAGAUUCGAUAACUACACCGUUCCCCAACUCGACCAAAUCAUGGACCUAAAGAUGUCCCAACAAGGCCUUGCCUGCAUCCCCGAGGCAAGGAAAGUCGCCCAAGACAGCUUCGAACGCGCCCUAAUGCGUCCAAACUUCGAGAAUGCAAGCGAAGUCGAGAGCUGUCUAGCCGGCGUAAAACUAAACUUCGAAAACCAACAAUUCACCCAGUUUUCCGAAACCGACGUCCGCAACGAAGUUCUCGAAACCUACGACUUCGACAAAGACCUUGACCGUAACAAACUCGACUACUACAGCCUGCUAACAGGCAAAGUACAAGCCAGCAUCGUCGACAAGUUCGCUGCCCACCAGAUCCACUCCCACACAACCAAACAACGGGGUCUGAAUCCAAGAGACUUCGUGCCGACCAGUUUCAUCUUCAAGGAAUAUCCAGGACGAGAAGAUGACGACUGCAAAGCACAUGGGCAGUUCUUUUAA